AAAAAACAGACAUAUUCUGUAACUUUGUUUCCCUUUUAGCUAAGCAUUUGGUUGCCAUGCAGGCAGUUGUUGUUGGGCGAGUAGGUAGCCACCUGCGCAUCGAUUUAACAACCCAUUCGAAUGUUAAAUGAAAUGGUCGCUGUGUUAGCAGAUUGUGUCUUUAGGUUCUUUAAAAUCAGUUUUUAUCGGCGAAGGAAAUAUUAAAAUAAAUAAUUUUUCGCAAGUACAUCCUUUGCUAGUGACAUUAUUCAUAACUGCAACUACUCAAUGAGCUCGACACCGAAGUGGUAUUGUCGCAACAAAUCAACGCCUCCCAUACAAACUUUUGCGGAGAUUACAAAAUUAGGUAAAGAGUUGAGACGUGUCACAUAUCGCAUUGCAGUUGAUGUGAAGGUCGACGUCUUCGAUGAGCAUAAUACACUUUUGGAAGAAGUUGAACAUGUUUGUGAACUCUACUGGAACCUGAAGAACGAGGCACGAAACCAGGAUAUUCAUUCAUUAAAUAAGAAAAUCAAACGCAGUCCUUACAAUGCCUUGUUACUGCAGAAAUACAAUAUGCUUAUGGAAAUGAAUGAACGACGCUUUUGCCAAUUAAUGUUUGUGCUCAAGCAGACGGUCAAGCAAUUGCUGCGGAAGUCCUCACAAUCAGACAUGUGGUUAAAUUGGGCAUUGCAAAUAGCGAAAUUGCACAAUAAAUGGAAUCGGCGUGAAACGUCCAAGGACUGCAACGAGGGUUUGUCCAAGGAGGUUGCAAGUGUAACGGGUGAGAAAAAGCCACCUCAGCCAGAAGUAAGUCAAGAGACCACUGGCACUACCGAGUGGAAUGCGAAUAUCUGCAGCAAUAUGUAUCCAAUGUUGUUGUUACCACAGAAGCCAAUCGACUUUGCAUAUAUCCUACAGCAUGCGUCACAAAUGCGCACCGAGCAAAAUUCGCUUGAUCUACUCUUCGGUCUCUUCAAUAUGAGCGAACAGGAACAAGCUGAAGCAGCAGCUGCCGAUUUGAAAGUUACCGCAGUUGGGGAUACUUGCGAGUCAACUGCAUCCAGUUUGGAAAUUUUGCGCAUACUCACGCUCAACAUGCACGGCGACGCCGAAUAUAUUGACUAUAACGAUGCGACUGAUAUGGAUGGUGGUGUACGAAAGGAGAAAAGUAAUUGCCGUAAAUAUGCAGAAAAUUUUUUGGAACGCGAACGUGCAUACCUUAGCCAACUCAUUGCCAAAUCGCAUGAUUAUUGCCCGAGCGUUUUUGGUAAAGCCUGUACUCGCGGCGAGUUGAAUGAUUUUGUUACACGCGGCAUUCGAUUGAUAUGGUCUAAUGUAGGUCUUAUUCUGGAUCAUAUCGUUUUAUGGUGGAUCGAUACACCGCUUGCCUGUUAUCCGUUAACGCACGUGGAAACGAUGAGAAAUUGGUUGAAACAUCAUGCAGUGGAUGAUGUUCCGGAACCUAUUUAUUCAACGUUACGCGGAGUUGCCGACAGCCUUACGAAUUUCGUUUCCGUUAAUGUCUGGGAUCAAUUAUUUCGUUAUACUUUAUUAUCAACAAAUUGCCAGCCAGCGACAAUGAAACGAGCUUUACAGUUACAUCGGCCCGUGGGUCAAGAGGAGCAUCUCGGCACUUACACCGGCAGCUUUUGGGUGCUAGUCUUCCAAAAUUUGAUAGAAUUAAGCAAUAGUUAUUUUCCAAGUAGUGCAGCGCAUAUACAAAUCAGUAGCCUACCUGUUGCCGAACAAAUACCUAUUCUACAUCGCAUUGAUCACUCCGUACACUCUAUGCGUUUGUGGGUGAAGGAACAAGCCAAGCAACUCUGCUGUGAAUGGAAAAUGGAUCGCUUCUUUCGCAUAAUGGAGCAUGAUGUGCGUGUGUGUCUGGCCGGCUUCAGCAGACAUAAAUUACCCAAAUUAACUGCCGAUCUUACCGAUAUCCUUAUGCUCGUAAAUGUUGCGUUGCGCGCUAAAUUAAUAUUGGAGAUCAAUGUCAAUAUUGACAAACUCAAGAAAACCAAUGAAGAAUGCGUGCAAAUUAUGUCCGAAGUUUGUCGUAUACUCAGUCUUGCCACUUUCAAGCUUUCCUUCCCGCCUGCAAGCCACUGGCAGCAGCGUGUCUUCGACGAAGAUGUAAAAAACGAUUAUGUCGACUAUGUGUUAGAUCAAAUAUUUUUACCUGCCGUUAAAGCCACAAAAGAUUUGGUGACUUUAAAAUUGAUUUUGAAGAUUAUUUGUGAAGCUUGGCUCGACUAUAUUUAUAUGAAACGCAUUAAAUUCAGCGUGAACGGUGCGGUGCAACUACUGAAUGAUUUCGAUUGUGUACGCGAAUGGAUAUUAACUUGUUCGCUGUUGGAUGCCGAGCAGUUGGAGAAGUUGAGUAAUCACGAGGUAUUGCGCAUGUGUAAGGGUGUAGGUAAAAUAUUGUUACGCAAGCCGGAGGAUGUAAUUUCGAUUAUACAAACGCCGAAAUUUAAUUACGAUCGAAAAACGGUGGGAGUUGAUGCUGCUGCACAAGAAACCCAAUUGCCAUCGGAAAUGUUUGUGUCAAAUCAAAAAAACUGGUUGCAAUUACGGGCCAACAAAGGCAAUAUCUUCAGCUGGUGUUGCAGCGAUUCAGCGGUGUAAAUUCAAAUGAAGCUGAUCAAUGAAGUUUAGAAGUAAAACCAAAAGCAAAGAACUGCCUAUAAUAUUUUUUUUAUUAUAAAAAAUUGCUUGUAUUCCUUUAGAAAAAGUGCUUAUUGCAAUAAAAUGUUUGAACGCAUAAUAAAUUAAUAAAAAAACUAAAGAAAUAAA